AUGAAUUCCGUACUUCAACCUCCUUUGCCAUUGGCAUCGGACAACCCUUUCUCUUCCGAGCAACAAUGCAUCGAUCAUAUUGGUGCGCAUGCACAUCAUAGCUCCUUUGCAGCUGGCGUACCCGAUCAGCUAAGGCGCGACGGGGCCCUAGCACACUCGACCGGUAUUCCCUUGACGAGCCGUUACGGCGCACCUCGUCCCGACACUGCCUACCAGCCUGGUGCGGCUCACUCCGACUCAUCUGGAUCCAUAUCCACCUCGCCUAGCUCAAACGGCUCGUCGGCAUUAGCCUACUCCUACUCAUCAUUCCCCCCGACCGUGGCCACCACUUACUCUAAUCAAUACCCCCUAGCAAACAAUUACUCCAGCUUCGCUUGCGGAUACGGCAACAUGUCAACUCGACGCAUGUCCUCACUACAUGAUAAUUCAUCGUCGGCAAUGUUACCUCCGUCGAGAUCACCAGGCCUGGGCAACUCUGUGUCACCGUCCAUGGGUACGUCGGCCAGGGAUAAUUAUACAACAGCAACGCCUGGCCUGCAUAGGCACCCUCACACCUUGUCCCCUCGUUCCGACAUUCCUCGCUACAACGCCCUGCCAGAAACGCCUAGGAGUGUGCUUCCCACCACGAUGCCCAUGACUCCCUACGGUGCCUACCCAUCUAGCACCUACCCAGGACAUGCCAACGCGGCUGAAACGCCACCUUUCAAUUCGCUAGAGACGUACGGUACUAUUACCUGUGAAGGUACAGCCGUUACGCCUAGUAUUGAUGCAAAGAUCGAGAAGGGCUUCUUCUUUUCCUCUGACAGCGUAUGGACGUGCUAUCGGAGAAACUACUUCGCUGUCAAUGUGUCAUUCGGACUCUCGCCAUGGAUCUCAAACGCGCGGCUAUACUUGGAUCAGGGAGGCGGUAAGCAGCAAGAGCAGAUUCAGUCCAUGGCCGUUUCACUCUCUGCCGCUGUCGAUGGCACAACGGGAAAAACCAUUGAGCUAAUCCAGCAUACUCCGAAACGCGACAAGGGUCCACAACUUGCUAUGAAGAAGGAGUUGCUCGCACCAACCCCGCCAGGAAAGAGCCAUGAGCAUGGGUAUGGUUUGAGUAGCUUUCACCAGACCUCGACUGUACCAGGACCUCAACUCCCCCUGCAGAAUGAAAACGACUCUUCGCAGCAGUAUUCCCCCACGAGCCACGCAAACAGCAAUUACCAACAUUCAUUCGAACGCAUCCAGUUCAAGUCGGCCACUGCCAACAACGGCAAGCGUCGAGCCCAACAGCAGUAUUAUCAUCUCAUCGUUGAGCUCUGGGCCAACAUCCAGAAUCCACGCGACUCGGAGCCUCGCUGGGUCAAGAUCGCGUGCCGGUCUUCACAUCCUGUCGUGGUCCGAGGAAGGUCGCCCAGUCACUACCAGAACGAGGGCCCACACAACGCAAGUACCUCGCGAGGUGCUCCAGGCUCUGGUCUUGGUGGACCUAGUCAUCACGGGCUGGGCUCAAACGGUCGGACGUCAUAUUCAAGCUAUAGCAAUGGUAUGUCGGGCGGCGGUUCAACCGGCAUGGGUGGGAGCAUGUAUCGAGGCAACACGUAUUCACUCGACCCAAGUCCUGUCGGAAGCCAUUCUGUAAGCUCUGCAAGCUCACUGAGCGGAGGACCUGUCGAGGGUCUCGUUGGAGACCAGCACAUGGUCGACGACGACGAUGUGAAGAUGAUGGAAGCGCCUCAUGACUACUCGUACUACCCGACGCCCAUCUACGAGGGCAUACCCCCCAAGCUCGACACGACUCUCCCUCUACCUGAACGUAGAAUUAAAGAAGAGUAUCCUGGCCCCGCAGCUAUUGCUGCCGGUUGGCAGGUCGGAGGCUGCGGCAGGUUCCAGGGCAUAGAGACCAGUCGUGGGUAUUACCCAGACGUCCACACUCACGUAGGAUAUUGA